CGUAGAACUUUAACUACACACAGUAAGGUCUCAUCGUUUUUGCUUAACAGGAUGAUAUGUUACCGUAAAUGAGAUGUCUGUCAAAAGUAUCAACACAGGCUUCUUUGUUGGACUCAGUAUGGAAAGGAGCUGAUUCAUCCGAAUUGUGGGAAGAAGUGUACCUUUUUUUAUUUUUUUUUAUUAAAAUAAAUGACUUACGAAAAAAAUUACACUCACAAUCGCUGAUGUUAUUUGAAGUUGAACUUCUAGCGAGAGAGAAAUCUAUGUUAGUGAAGUCAUAGUCACAAUGGAAAGGAACUCAACUUAGCCACGUGUGUACAUCAACUAAGCUUUCAACUUUCUUCAGAGGAAAUGGUUGAGUGGUAUAGAAGCCAUCCGGUUUAUCUAGUUUGAGAAAAGCUGCUUCAUUUGAAUAACUUGAAAACGAGUCACCAUGCCUGUUGGAUUGCAGACGUCACAACGAGCUGUGGUUUGGAUUGUACUCUUGCUGUUUAACACUAAAGGUUUGUUUGCUUCGGAGCCCCAUAGGCGUCUCCGACAUGACUUGUUCCACAACAAUAGUGAAUAUGACAAUUCAGUUCGCCCAGUCAUCAAUGAUAGUUUCCCAACAGUCGUGCAGAUGCAGUUCUUUGUUGCGCAAGUGUUAGACGUGGAUGAACGCCUGGAAACAUUCAAAAUCAACGCAUGGCUGACCAUGAGAUGGAUUGAUGAAUACCUAGUCUGGGAACCAAAGGACUACAGUGGACUGGAAAACUUCAAGGUUUCAAAGGAACACUUGUGGAUGCCAGACCUCUGGUUAUACAAUAAUGCUGGGAGUCGAUACGAGGACUACGCCAAGAACUCCAUAUGUAGCGUGUAUUUUGAUGGCAAAGUAGUCUGGCAAUCGCCCUCAAUCAUUAAAACACACUGCACCAUGGAUGUCACUAACUUCCCUUUCGACAGACAGAAAUGUACGGUAACAUUUGGCCCAUGGCAACAUGGUGCCAACGAGAUCAUGCUUGAAGGAACCGGCUCAGCUGAGAUGUACCUUCGCAGUUCCGGUGAGUGGAAAAUCAUGGAUUUCCAAGCCAAAAACGACAAGCAACCAUACCAGAUCUAUCCAGAUGACCCGCUAGUAAACUUCACCUACGUGGAGUAUUCCAUCGAGCUGAUGCGGAUACCAACAUACUUCGUUUUCUAUCUAAUAAUGCCAUGUUGUUUGAUUGCCUGCACUACGUUACUGAGUUUCUUUCUACCAGCUGAGUCUGGUGAGAAAGUGAGCCUUGGUAUCACGGUGCUGUUGUCCUUGACGGUGUUUCUACUCCUAGUAGCUGAGUUACUACCACCGUCUGGAGCAGUGCCUAUCAUUGCCAUUUACUACGCCUCUACAAUGGUCAUGGUGUCAUUGUCACUAGCGAUGUCUGUCGUGGUCCUGAAUCUGCACCACAGAGGGCCAUCGACCAGGCCAGUUCCACCAUGGCUUCGUAAGAUCAUGAUGGGUCGGUUGGUUAGAUUCAUCCUGAUGAGGAAAAUAACUGCCUUCGAUAAGAGAGAGAAUAUAAUCCGGGAUACCAAGAAUAAUAAUGGAUGCGCCGGUAGAAGAAGAAAACGAGCCCAUAAGAAAUUCUUUUCCACAGUUGAAAUGCAGGAUACAUUUGAGAAUGAUCACGUGGUAGGCAAUAGCAUGGUCAACCUCGACGGUAAUAGCUCGUCAUCUGGGAACGAGGGUGAGAUUAGAAACCGAACUACGAAUGCUCACAAGAGGGCGUUCACUCACCAUCCCACGGAGGGGAAGUCGUUCCGUUUACAGGAAUUGACAAUGUUGCAACAAAUCCUGGAUGAGUUUAAAUGUAUCCGGAGUAACUUUGAGGAUAAAGAGGACGAUGCCAUCAUGCAAGCAGAAUGGAAACAAGUUGCUAUGAUGGUUGACAGGGUUUUCAUGGUGCUUUAUGUUGUAGGAAUGCUAUCCACAUUAUUUAUAAUCAUUGGGCAUAUUACAUGAAACAGCCGUCAUAUUUUAAGAUGGAUCUUGUUUCCAGCCGGCAAAAGUCUUCCAUUGUCAAAAUGCUGUGAAAUUGAACAUUACUUUUGAAAUAACUAAUCAUACAGGUAAACACACAGUAUAUGCGAAGUUACUUUUGGUUGCGCCUUGAUGUUGUCAAAGUGGGGAAAAGACGAUGAAUGUAAAAGUGAAGUGAUUUGUAUAUCCUUUCAAAGGUGUUGAAAAUGACAAGUAAUCAUGACUGGAUGAUAACUAUAAACGCAUGUUCUCCAAUUCUUACAUGAUAGUAUUUUGCAUGUUAUCAUGUCCCACUGAGGUACUUUAUGGUUGCAGGAAGUUGUUUUAUUCAUUUUUGUUCUAAUCAACGACAAAAGCGGCCCUCGAUUCAGUCUUGUCAAUUACUUUAUGAUAGUGUCAUGAACAUGCACUUUGCUGCAAUUAAGUAGAAGAGAUAUCUCUUAAAAUGAAAUGCUUAUAAUAUAUGAAACAAAAUUUGUGCCGCAUGUGUGAUUUUAUUGUUUUAUUGUUUUCGCAGACAUUUCCUUUAAGGUAUGUCAUCAUUAUGAUCUAUUAUCACAAUAACUAUGUAACCAAACUAUUUAUUCAAUAUACAUCGGGGUCCGACUAUAAUAUAUGUACCUGAAUUAAAAGUUGUAUCACCAUUUUCAGUUGAACAAGUUUAUUGAUGUCCUUUUGUUUUCCAAAGUUGACAUGACCGCAGACGUUUUUACUGACGGGUAAAUUUUCUUAAAAGAGAUUUAGCUCUGCGUUAAAAAAUGAUGACCCAAAAACUUUCGAUGUUUUUGUUUUUGUUUUUUUGGCGAUUGGUAAUCAUUUCACCGAAGGCAGUUUAUUUACUGAUGUAUAGUGUAUCUAUCUGUGGAGCCCUAAGUAGUAAAAUUAAUGGUGUUCUUCUUAAUCAUCUAAUUAAUUUGUUUACUUUACUUUUUAAGAAUGUUAGAGAUUAAAAGUGUGUUUUUAUUUGCAGUGUAUUUACGCCUUGGUUUUUGAACAAUGAUGGAUGUUGACAUUCUAAAAAAUUUACUGUUUUGAUGAACUUCACAAGGUCAACCAGAAUUCGAACAGUUAUUAAAAUUGUAUAAAGUUACAUAAGUUUGUUUCGUAAUUGGAAAUUUGAAAUCGGCUGGUACGGUACUCCAAAACAUUCUUUAAAAAUGUAUUUAUUUCAUGUUUAACCUAAGUAAGAUGUUUGCAGUGUUCAUUUUAUAAUUAUUAAGUAAUCUUUUUGGACAAUAGACCGACACACUGCCUGUUUAUGUUACGAAGACGAGCAAACAAAUCUCUGACGAAUGAAUUUCAAUAGAGGGCAGUAUUCAAUACGUUGCAUUACAACAAAACGAACAAUCUCCCAUUAGCAUGAAGAGACAAUGUUUACCUACACAAGUUAUAGCAAUAUGUAUUCACUACAACAUUACAACGAGCAGUUGGACUGUAGCAAUAUGUUUUUCGUUAAUAGGUUCAUGACGUAAUUGUUUUUUGUAGUGGAUUAAAAAAGUUAGAAGAAACUUGAA